AUGUUCUCCCAUGGUCGACUGUUGAACAAGCGCCGCUGGCUUAUCUUGGACAAGCGUAGCAGCGCUGUGGAGUCCCUAUACGACGACCUAAAGUCGGUGGCGACUGUGGAGGAAGUGUUAAGUCAAGUGGAAAAGGUGAUUUGUGGCGCUGCUACCGUUGUCGUCUCAGACGCGUCCAAGGUCGAGGAUUGGGACGGGUUUCUGGCCAAGUUGAAACAGUUGAUGACUGGAUCUGGCGUGAGACUGAGUAUAUACGUAGGCAAGGGUGUGGCAGCAGACAUUGAGCUGUCCCUAUUGUUCGCAGGGUUUAUAAAUGUAGAGCAACGUACUGACAGUCAUUGGGAAUGCACUACGCCGGAUUUCGACGUUGAAAGCAAGACGUCUAUAAACCAGGACAAUGUACUUGUGGAUGACCAGAACCUGGACAAGACAGUGCCGUUAGUGACCCAGGCAUGUGGUCCCCCGGGGAAAAGGAAAGCCUGCGCCAACUGCAACUGCGGCAGAAAAGAAGAUGGCGUGGUCAAAUCUGCAUGCGGAAGUUGUCACUUGGGGGACCCGUUCCGUUGCAGCACCUGUCCUUAUUUGGGGCAGCCCGCGUUUGACCCAAAUGACCCCAAUCGGGUCAAGCUAGUUUUGUAG